AUUCUCGCUCUGCUGGUGGUGCACUUUGUGCAGGCAUACGAGCUGGACACGCGGCUGGGGAUCGACAUGCCCUCCCUCGUCCGUUUCGUCUCCAAGCUACAGCAGGGCUACCACGACGUUCCCUUCCACAACUAUGUGCAUGCGUGCGACGUGGUGCACGGCGCCGUCUUCUUCCUCACCCAGCAGCAGGUGCGGAGGCACCUCAGCCCGCUGGACAUGUACGCGCUCAUCCUCGCCGCGGCGGCGCACGACCAUGGGCACGAGGGGCUCAGUAAUGCGUUCUACUGCAACAGCGGCCACGAACUCGCCCUUCGCUACAACGACGCGUCGGUACUGGAGAUGCAUCACAUCUCCUCGGCGUGGCGUCUUCUCGCGCUAGACGGCUGCGACGCGCUGAUGGGCCUGUCGUCGGAGCAGUGCGGCGACCUGCGGCAGACUAUGGUGGAGGCAGUCCUGGGCACGGACAUGAAGCUCCACUUCGACCACCUCGCCAAGUUCAAGGCGCUCUCCUCGUCGGGCGCCUUUGAUCAACCUGACCGGGGCGGGGUUCGCAAGCUGUUGACGAUGUGCCUGCACGCAGCCGACAUCAGCAAUCCUUGCAAGCCGUGGCGGCUGUCCUCGCGCUGGGCAGCGAGAGUGAUGACCGAGUUCUUCUUGCAGGGCGACCGUGAAGCUGAGAUGGGCAUCCCUGUCUCGCCCUUCAUGGACCGCGAGAGGACCGACAUCGCGCAAGCGCAGGCGGGCUUCAUCUCUGUCCUCAUCCAGCCG